AUGGAUAUAUCGGAUUACAAGAAAAGACUUGAUUCAUUAGAUUUAUUUAUUGGAAAUCUUGAGCAUCGUAAUGGUAAGAAAAAUUCAUCGAAAUCUUCAAGCAACAUUCAAUCUCCUCCUAUUAAAACAACAGUAUCGUAUGUAAAUAAUAAGAAAAGUAGUACAAAAACAUCAAAAAGUAAAAGACAUAAUAAAAUAAUGUCGAGAGAUCUCAAUAACAUUGACUUCAAUAUGGAUAGUCACAUUGAAGAAGAUCUGUAUAAUCAACAAAUUCAAUCCCUUCGCUUUAUUGAAUCAUCUCUAAAAAAUAAAAUGCAAAUCCUCCAAAAUAAACUAGAAGACUUAAAUAGCCGCGCUGCAAUUGCAAACAAAUCCUUAAGUAUUGAAUGCUUAGAUAUAACUGCCCUUGAAAAACGUAUUUUAGGAAUGGAAACAUUUAAUUCUGAACUGAAACGCAUAGAUAAUGAAGCUCCAGAUGAGAUAUUUCGAUUAAACAUGGUUGUAAAUACACUAGAAUCUGAUAAUUCUUUAAGAAAACAAGAAUUACAGUCAAGAAAAUUAAAAUUGGAGCAAGAAAUUGAAGAAAUGAAUCAAAAUCAAUUUAACAAAAGAUUAAAUCAUACUUCAUUUAUAGGUGGUUUAAAUCCCACUCAAAACGAGAGAAGAUUGAAAAUUGUUGCAAUGUUCGACAAUAUUGAUGAACUAAUAAGACAAAAUAUGAUAGAACGUGAGAGAAUUGAAUCUGAGUAUAGAAAAAAGAUGAAGAAAAUCAGCAAUCUUCAAAAAAUUUUGAAUCACAUUGAUAACAUAACAAUAUCAAUUCAUGAUCAAAAUAUUUCAAUUUCGAAGUUAGAUGCCGAAGAAAAAUCGUUAAUUAUGAACAAAAACUCAAUAUCACGCAUUCUGAAUUCUUCAUCCAUGAUUUCACAAGAAAUAAACGUGAAAGAUAAGAUCUCAGACCUGAGAAGAGAGAUUAUAGAAAAUGACGCAAAACUUAAAGCAAAGGCUUCCGAAUUAGAAGAGAAAAGAAAGCAAAUUGCUGAAUUCGAAAAUAUUUUGAAUCGCAGAACAGUUCAAAUUGAAGAAAUUGAGAAUGCAGCAUACUUGGAAUCGCCACGUAAAUCUACAUCUCCUCCUCAAUCACCUGACCCAAGAAAUAAAACAGAAGUCACUCAAAGUAGUUUCGAUUCAAUAUCAGAUAUUUUAUAA